UCUGCGGGCGGGACGUGGGCUCCAGGAGGCUGGAGGAAGCGCCCGUCAGCAUCUCUGAGCCGUUUACCAACGGCCAUCGGGAAAAGUGCUCCUUCCUCCUCAGGCCGACUCGAGGGACGUUUCUCAGAUUUCAUGCCAAGAGACUCAUUGAGAAAAUGACCCAGCAGCCAAUCUCAUCAAAACAAUACCUUUACUUCCAGUGAGUCUGCAACAUUUGUGACAAGCGGGUACCCAGCAGAGAGCCUGAAGAAUGGCCACUUAGAGACCAUUUUCCAGGGAGGUGCAUGAGACUGAGACAAGCUGGUCUGCUUCAACUGGAGACGCCACCUGACUUUCAGAAACAUCUCAGAAGUCAGAAGAAAGGACGGUGGCUUCUCCGAGUCCUGCAUCGACAGGUGGAACUGUCAGUGGCGCUGCGCAAGCCAGGGUCCCAGAGGACCCGGGGCGGAGUGAGCUCUGGGAAGUGCGUCCUGCGUACCGUCACCGUCCAAAGCUCGGACGUUCCUGCCUCCCGAGUCACACCCCCCCGCGAAUCCCUCAUGCUGUUUGGGGCUAGAAAAUGGGACCUGAGUGCUUCUUUGCUCACCAGCGCCCUUAAUCAACCCCCUUCCUGUUCCUAUGGGGAUGAAAUUACUGACAUGUGUAGGAGGUCAACGUUAGAGGCAAAACAGACUGCACCCCGACCCUUCCUCGGGGAGGCUGCGGGAUGCAGAGGGGAGCAUGCAGGCUUUGACGCCAAGAAGCCCCUGGUGUCUGCUCUGCUUCAGAUGAGCUCUGGGACCCUCAUCUGUUAAAUGAGGACCCAUCGACCUAGCAGAGUUGUGUGGGUCAGCGAUAAGGCCUGUCAAGCUGGCCCAGGUGUGGCAGACACGGUGAUGAACCAAAUUGCUCCUUCCCAUCCCAUUCUUUCCAUACUCAGCUCAGAAGGUGACUGGUAGAACCUUCCUUUCCGCCUUAACCAGAAUCGUGAAGUUCAAACAGUGAACAGCUGCAGCCCUGCUCCCCAGAAAUGACACAGCCCGGGACAGGCUUUCAGGCUGGCCCCCGGAAAGCACUCAUUCCUUCCAUGAUGUGUUAGUGACAGGGACAGGCCUGGCCUCCCUUGGCAGCGGCAGAAAGGAGGUGGUGGUGGUGAAUCCAGUUGUCCGCUGAGGCAUCUUCCUAUCCCCUCAGGCACUCAGGCCAGGAACUGCAGAACCCAAGUAGUAGCCCCCUGCCCACCAGACCCUUGAAUACCAAGUUCCAGAUUAUUUCCUUCCCUCUCAUCCUAUUUAUAAACACUCAGAACCGGCUCCCACAACCCACCUGAGACAACUUCAUCUACUUCAGAAAAGAGAACCAGCAGGGACUGGAGGAAUCGCCGAGGCUCUGAUCUAACCAGAUGAGGCUCCCCCAGGGCGGCCACAUAUGGUUGUGCAGGUUGUGGACUGCACAAAGGCACCUGGCCACCUGUGCACUAAAACUCAGCUGGAGUUCCACCCUUCCUGGCAGAACUGCAUCUACAAGAAGGGUCACUUUUUCUUAAUUUGUACAAAAGUGUCAUAUGGCGUAGGGGUGGCUGGCCCUGCCCCUGUCACAUGGUUCUCUAACACUUUCCAGUCUAUUAAAAACUUGUUAAACUAAAAAUGUCCUAUCUGAAAGCAGGUGAACUCUGUGAGGCAGGGACCUCAUAUUUUCCACUGUGUCCCUGGCCCUUCGCUACUAAUGACAGGCCUGAAGUUAACAUCUGUUACAUGACUGAAGCGGCUGAAGGAAAGGGAGGCGGGUGGGAGUGGACGCCUGGGACUCAGUGGGGAAACGGAGGCUGCACACACAGGGAGCGUGCGUCCAGGGCCCGUGCCGUGAUCAGCCGCUCAAGACUGUCCUUCCCAGCAUCUCAACCUCUGAACUCGCAGGAUUGCAGAAAACUCACAGUGGCGGCAACAGGACGACUCUGGGUGUUGGACGGGGGAGCUGCUCUGAAGAUGGAGCAGCCAUCUGCAUCCCUACAUGCCUGCUAAGUUGCUUCAGUCGUGUCUGACUCUAGAGAGACGCCCACUGAGCUGCACUCGUGACCCUCUUCCCCAUGUGGUGAGGAACUGGCUCCCCCCAACACACGAGGAGGAAGGAACAAGGGACAAGGAGCUUCCUCCACAGCUGCCCGCCAGGGAGUACGAUGGAAGGUCUGAUCUUCACGUGGGAAUAACCAGCACGGGUGGAGUCGUGUAUAACUACACGGUGCACGGUGUCCAACGAGACGAGGUGGGCUGGGAGCAGAGUGUGAGCGUCCCCCUCCUGCAGCCGGGCCUGUUUGGACUGCUGGACCAGUGGGACAAGUACCUGGAGGACUUCUCCGCCACGGGGGCCUGGCUGCCUCACAGGUAUGAAGAGGACCACCACAACUGCUACAGCUACGCCCUCGCCUUCAUUAACUGCGUCCUGGCCACAGAGGGCGAGGAGCCGCUGGACCGGGAUGAGUUCACGGAGAAGUUCGUGGUCCCAAGGACGAGGAAGGCUUCCAAGUACAUCAUGCUCUACCACGCGAUCGAAGAGCAAGGCUUCUAUGUCACUGACCCCCCUAGUCCCCAGACGGGCCCAGGCCCAGGAAGCGGCUCGUGCUGAGCGCGCGGCGCCUGAGAGUGGACGGGACAGGACGGGGCGUCUGGGGGUCCUGCCUGCAACAGACGCUAGGUUUCUACAUGCCUUGAGCCGUGGUUAAUAAAAAAGUUACAGCUUUC